UGAGCAAAUUGAGUAUGUUGACAUGAAGACAAUUCGGCAGACAUUUUGGAUUUUUAUCAUCGGAAUGUUAUGGACAACUGAAUUUAUAUUUGCAUUUGAAGAGUUUUGCAUUAGUGCAGCGAUUGGGUUUUGGUAUUUUACACCUUCUAUCAACCAUCCAUCCCUAAACGCUAUUGGAAUUUUGUUCAAAUAUCAUUUGGGGACUAUUGCGAACGGAUCAGCAGUUUUUGCAUUGGUUAAGGUUCCAAGAUUGGUCUACACCUCCCUGUUCAAAAAAUUCAAGCAAAAUCUCAACUUGUUGUGGCUACAACGAUUAGAAUUUUUUGAGGAACGACUUAAAAUUUGGAAUCAUGAGGCUUAUGUUCCAGCUGCAAUGGAAACGACAAACUUGAAAUCAGCUGCUGAAGUUGCUUCGAAAAUAUUUUCCAAAAACGCUAUGGAGUUGGAAGACAUCAGUAAAGUUUUUGGUUUCGUUUUGUUCCUGAGCAAAUUCUUUGUUGCUAAUCUGACUUGUUUGAUUGGUGUUAAGCUUCUGAAGGACAGAAAAGAUUAUUUGUUCAAUGAAGACAGGCAUGAAAUCUUCUUUUAUAUGGCACCAGUAAUGUUUAGUACAAUUUGUGCUUUUUGUAUUGCUCAUAUUGUGUUUGCUGUGGUUGAGAUGACAGUUGAUGUACUUUUACUUUGCACUUGUGAAGAUCACCAGAUGAAUGGAAGAUUGAAGCGUGAUAUUAGGAAAUCUAAUUUUAUAAAGCUGUUUCAAAACACUGAUACCUAACCAAAAAAGUGGCGUUGGUAAAAAGUUGUUUAUGUAUAAAAAUCAGUUUUUGAGAAUUUGAAGUUGUACAUUACCGCAUAACUUCAAAGCUUAUUAUAGUAUUUUAACAAAUAAGUUCUUUUUAGCUCAGACAACAAACAUUUAUUGUUUAUGAAUCAGCAUUGGAAUCUUUAUUCCGUUGAAAGCAUAUAGAAAUUA